AUUUCAACUGCACAGCCAUAAAACCACCGCGCAGGCAACAAAAGACUUUGCUGCGGGUCGAUCUGAGGGAAUGGUGGUCCAAUUCGCGCACUAGUCUUAAUAUAAUUGGUUCAUAGCCCAGUAGAAAAGAAUGGGACAGUUCUACUCGCGAGAGUUCGAUGGCGACCCCUACGUCGACCUUAUGCGCUCGCUCCCAGAGCGGGAGCUGGUCUGGUGGGCGCAGAAAGUCAUUUGGCUGGCGGAGGGCUUCACGUUCGUGGACCACUUCGCGCGCACCUACCCGCGGCUGCUCCAGCACAAGUGCCAGCGCUGCAAGGGCGCCGGCGUCAUGACCUGCCCCGCCUGCCUAGGCGACGCGCGCGUGUCGGGCGGCGCGCGGCGGCGGGCGGCGCUUGCGGGGCUGGGCGGCGUCGCUGAGGGCCGCUCCGCGCACGACCACGACCACGAGGCGGGCGCGGACGGCGGCUGCCGCGUGUGCGGCACGGCGUGCGCCUGGGACGCGGAGAGCGAGUGGAUGGAGCGGUGGGGCGAGUGGGAGUCGCGCCUGGCCUACUACGACAAGGCCACGGGGCCGCUCAUGGAUGAGUGGUAUGAGGACGUGUUGAACGCGGGCAACCUGGAGGAGGACACGCCGCCGGUGGAGGACGACCCGCCCGGGCCCGAGGUCACGGGCCGCUGGGCGGAGCACGACCGCGCGCUGCAUAAGGACAAGAAGCGCAUGGCGGCGCUGAUGCGGCGCUGGGGCCACCCCUACGACGCCGACGCCAACCUGGGCUACCAGAUUGUGGACCCCACCGCCAGCAUGGGCGAGAACGUGUGGAACAUGGCGCAGGUGUACAACUCGCUGCCGCCGGAGCUGAACCCGCUGCGCACCCAGCACCUGGCGGACCGCGGCGGCGGCAACACGCAGGCGGCGGUGGAGGCGGCCCGCAGCGCCUUCGACGCGCAGGUGGUGAUGGAGGCGGCCCUGCUUCAGAACCUGGAGGCGGCGGCGCAGGACCUGCCCAAGCCGCACCGCCUGCCGCCCACCGCCGGCACGGUGGCGUGCAACGAGUGCGGCGGCGCGGCCUGGGGCUACAGCUUCUUCCCCAACACCGCGGUCAUGUUCGGGCUGGAGCGGCCGUUCUGGGGGGACACACUGGCGCGACUGAGCAAGUACUGGAACCCAACCCAGGUGGCGGACCCCGCCCGCACCGGCCAACUGCUGCCGUACGGCGAGGGCGGACUGCGGCGGCUGCUGGCGGCUGGCGGCGGCGGCGAGGAUGAGGAGGGCGGUGCGCUGGAGGCGGUGGUGGGCAAGGCGCCGGCGACCACCGGCCGCUACCGGCGUGACCUGGAGCUGCUGCUGGCGCACCCCGAGCUGCGGGACGGCGCGCUGCGGGUGCCGGGCGGCUGGGGGCCGGAGGGGGGGCUGCAGACCUACCUGCGGGGGCAGCAGGAGGAGCAGGCGCGUAUGCAGCGCCGCAGGGACCUUGCGGCGGAGGCGUCGCCGUUGGAGUUGGCGCCGGCGGGCAAGUGACGGCCGCAGCAUGGCUGUUAGGACGAGCACGCGCGUGCACACUCGCUGAGACGUGCUCGCAGCGGCAAGUGCAGGUCGGCAUAAUUGUGUGUUUGUGUGUUUGUGUUUGGAGUUUUGAUUUGAAGUGAACUCGUGGUGGCCCCCCGCGCGGCAACGGGCCACUGGCGCGGCUGUUGGCUGGGCGCGGCUGUGGCUGCUGGCGUGGCUGCGGCUGCAGCUGGAGUUCUGGAGUGUGCAGGCGCUGCGUGGUGCGAGGUGGCGGGCAAAGCGAUGCCGCGGUGGUGGGGCGAUGGCAGGGUUUGGGUGCGGGGUGCCUGCUGCCACCUGCAUCGCCGAGCGGUCAAGUCAGGCAGGCUGUGCAGGUGGUGUGUAGGUGGUGCGUGGCAGCUAGAGUGGAAUGGAAGCGUUGGCGUGGCGCAAGGUCACCGACUCAUCGAUGUCACGAUAGGGUACGUGUGGGGGAGCCCGCGGAUGGUGGGAGGGUGCGCGGCCGCGUUAAGUCACACCCCCCCUUUGGCAUAACCCCACGCUGGAGUCAUGCCUUGUCCCUUCUUGCUACGCAUUUAUGUGGGCACGGGUGGGAGCCACACACAUCGGGACUACGCUUUCCUGCCCCUUGCCAUGUUCCAUCACGAACCCCACGCUGGAGUCAUAUGACUACGUAGAGCCAGUGCUGUGAUGUGCUACGACGCAUGGGCUGGCGUGAGCCGCUGGGUGUCAAGGCAGUGCCAGUGAUGCUGUAACAAGCAGGAUAG